GUAUGGGACUACCAAGUGUUGCGGCUGGCCGUAUACUUAAAGGUCAGUUGAAUGGUCAAACCGGCGAAGAGGAAGUGCUUAGCUUUGAGCAAUUCGCUUACACGGGUCUUGCAAAGACGUACACCGUGGAUAGGAUGGUAGCAGAUUCAGCUGGAACGGCAACGGCUUACCACUGCGGCGUGAAGUCGAACUUUGAGACAAUAGGGGUGGACAGCAGUGCCGUCUUUAAUGAUUGCAACUCAUCAUUUGGGGCCGAAUUGGAUUGCAUUGUUCAGGUUAUCCUUGGCGGUGGUCGGCGGGGAUUCCUCCCUAACACGACAUCUGAUCCCGAGUACCCGGACAAGACCGGACUCUUUGAAGACAGUCACAUGAGAUACGAGUUGGAGAGAAACACCGGAACGAACUACAGCGAGCCGAGUCUGGCAGAGAUGACAACCAAGGCCAUCAAGAUCUUGCAGAAAAAUCCCAAUGGCUUUUAUUUAUUCGUUGAAAUGGCAGUGGCAGUAUCAGUGUCCGUGUCAGUAUCUGUAUCAGUAUCAGUAUCAGCUAGCAGCGCGCCUCGUGCAUCGCAUACAAAUGUCUUCGUGAUAUUUUCUGCAGAUGCCAAUGACUACACGCAGGCGUCCGCCGUACCACUGACGGACGCAACACACGGGGGAGAGGACGUGGCCGUGUACGCUACCGGACCCAUGGCGCAUCUGCUGCAUGGUACCUUCGAACAAAACCUGAUUGCUCACGUGCUCGGUUACGCAGCGUGCAUAGGCCAAAAUAAAGAUCACUGUAUGACAACAGUGGAGCCGACUACCGUCGACAAUCGUAGCUGGUCACUGCGUCCAUCCAUGCUAACCACAAUGGUCAUCCUGAUCACCGUGUAUCGUACGAUCAUUGUCUGACAACAGACGCACGACGAUAGAUUUGGACAUGUUACUAUGACACAGGGUGAUCGAUAAUAUGUUAAUCGUGUGCAUUAUUAGACAAACUGUGAUAGGUAAACUUCUAUAUGUACGUUAGUAGACAGUCGAUGACACACACGGGCGCGCGCACGCACGCACGCACGCACGCACGCACACACACACACACACACACACAAGUCUUUCAGUUCCCCCUUCCUCUCUACAUUGCGUACGAUACUGCGUCAGGAAGCUGUUUUAUUUUGUUCGAGAUAACGAUGUACCGCUAUCAGUGGCUGUGCUGUGUGUGGACUAGGCAGUCAUUGGCUGUUGCUAAUAACUAGUUGUAGCAAACAUCGUGCAUGCAUAUAGCUAAGCUGAAUCAUAGAUAUGAUAAUUAUAAAGAUAUAAUAAUACAUAUAUUAUUACAAUCACUAUAAUGGCAGCCCAACGAUUUGUUGUUGUAAUAAAGGACCAAGCAAAUAAUAAGCUUUCAUAAACUAUAUAUAUAGUUAUAUAACAUCAUGAUAUUUUAUAAAUAAUAGUAAAUAAAACAGAUCAGGUUUAAAACA